UUUCUCUUUUUUUCUACAAUAUCAACUGUCAUAGCUGGAUUCAGUGUAGUAUCGCUUGCGGAUUUAAACCCUGGCGCACAAUUAGUUUAUAUAGUAGCUAUGUAUAUCAGUGUCUAUCCCGUGGCUAUAUCGAUGCGUAACAGUAACAUUUAUCAGGAACGCGCACUUGGUAUCUUUCGAGGUGAAAACGAUGAGCCAGUAUCCUUCUCUGAAAACGAACUUGCCAAUGCGCCCUUCAUCAAAUUGAAACGGCAUUCCACCAUGACGAGUAUUAAACAGAACACGCAAAAACUGCUGAAAGGAGGACCUGAUUUCUUUGUCAUCACGCAGAUACAGAGACAACUCUCGAGCGAUAUUUGUUGGGUUAUUACGGGCAUCUUUUGCAUCUGUGUGAUUGAAUCACAGGCGAUUAUGUCACCUUCCCCUGUGACCAUGGCUACUGUCAUUUAUGAAUGCGUUUCAGCUUUUGCUAAUGUGGGCGCUUCUACUGGUUUUCCUAAUACGGCAACUUCACAAGCAGCACAGUAUCGAACAUUGAGUAAGCUUGUUUUGAUUAUAUUGAUGUAUAGAGGAAGACACAGAGGUCUACCAGCGGCUAUUGAUAGAUCCAUUUUGCUACCCUCAGAGCAAUUAGCACAGAAAGAAAAAGAGGACGAAGAAAGAAGAAGGAACACAUCUGCAUCUAUUCAGCUCAUGAAUGAUAGCGGGAACAAGGGAGUGUUCUAUUACGAAAGCAACGUACGACAGCAUUUUAUUUUUUUGAAAGGAAAAUGUAUAACACGCAUGUUAUGUAUAGAAAGUGAAUUAUACCAUUAUACCCAGUUUUAUUUCAAUUGUUUUUUUCUUCCACAAAAAAAAAAAACCGCCUCGGCCCCCCCCACUGAACUUGACCACCAUGGAUGGGCAUAAAAAAGCAAUAAAUUAGUUGACGGCUCGUUGUUG